CGCUGAGUUUGUAACGUUCGGAAAAACUUUUGGAAAAAUUCCAAAUACGUUUCGUGAAUUUAAUAAAGGCAAUUUUCGCAAUAACAGUAAGCAAAGCUACAUACAUACAUACAUACAUGUAUAAGUGAAAAAGGUGUUUUAUGAAAGUGAACAAAGCUUAAUAGGAAACAGAGUUGAACUGAAAUUUAAAAGGAAAAACUACAACUACAGCAACGAGUGCAGAUAAGUUUUGAAGAAAACUAAUUUUCAGUGGGUGAAACAUAAAGAAAUUCACACCAAUGGGUUCCAUACCGAAGUUAUCAAUUUUGAAAGGCCAACAGCAGGAUAUAACGCCACGUCCACUGCAUCGCAUUUUCGAGGCCAACCUGUUACAUCACUCGCACAAAACUGCACUCAUAUCGCACAGCAAUGGCGGCACCACAAUCACUUCCGAAGCCACACAAUGCACUUACAAACAGCUAAACCAGCGCGCCAACCAAUGUGCACGCCUAUUGGUGGCCGACGUAAAACGCAACAGCUUACAACCUAACACAGAUGGCGAUUACAUUGUGGCAGUAUGCAUGGAACCAUCGGAUGUGCUCGUCAAUACGCUGCUGUCCAUUUGGAAAGCAGGAGCCGCAUAUCUACCAAUUGAUCCCAGCUUUCCGAUCACCCGCAUACAACACAUCCUGCAAGAAGCGCACCCCAUUAUGGUGCUAUGCGACGACAAUAUCGACCGUCAACGCUUCAGCGGCACACAUAUCAUUUCCAGUUCGGAACUUUUUCACCGCUCGGCCGAGUUGAGCAACGCGAAUUUGCUGGGCAGCGAAAUGCUCGCCGAUGGUAAUAACCACUUGGCAAUUGUGCUCUACACAUCGGGCAGUACUGGUGUGCCGAAAGGUGUACGUCUGCCGCACGCUGUCAUCUUGAAUCGGCUGCAAUGGCAAUGGCACAAAUUUCCAUACGCGUCGACUGAAAGUGUGAGCGUCUUCAAGACAGCGCUCACAUUCGUUGACUCAAUAUCCGAAUUGUGGGGCCCGCUAAUGUGUGGCCUUUCCAUUUUAGUGGUGCCAAAGAUGAUAACUAAAGAUCCGGAACGUUUGGUGAAUUUGUUGGAAAAAUAUAAAAUUCGUAGAUUGGUUUUGGUGCCGACACUCUUGCGCUCGAUUCUGAUGUAUUUGAAGCUGAACGAUGGAAAUGGGACAAAAUACCAACUGAUACAACGCGACCGACUCUUGUACAAUUUGAAGUUGUGGGUUUGUUCCGGUGAACCAUUGCCGGUUGCACUGGCUACAAGUUUCUUUGACUACUUUGUUGAGGGCGUGCAUACGCUAUUCAACUUCUAUGGCUCCACUGAAGUGAUGGGUGAUGUCACCUACUUUGCCUGCGAAAGCAAAAAGCAGUUGAGCUUCUAUGAGCACGUACCGAUUGGCAUUCCACUCUCGAACACUGUAAUCUAUCUACUUGAUAGUGACUUCCGCCCAAUCAAAUAUGGAGAAAUCGGCGAAAUAUUCGUUUCAGGUUUGAACCUUGCCGAGGGUUAUGUAAAUGGCAGAGAUCCCGAAAAGUUUGUGGAAAAUCCGUUGGCUGUGGAAUUAAAAUAUUCGCGUCUGUAUCGUACUGGAGAUUAUGGCACGAUUCGUGACGGUAAUGUUAUGUAUGAAGGCCGCACCGAUUCGCAGAUAAAAAUACGUGGUCACCGCGUAGAUCUGGCCGAAGUUGAAAAGAAUGUCUCAGAAUUGCCAUUCGUUGAUAAAGCGAUUGUACUUUGUUACCAUGCUGGCAAAAUUGAUCAAACGAUUCUGGCUUUUGUUAAGUUACGCGACGACUCACCGCUACUAAACGAAAUGCAAAUCGAAGCUAAAUUGAGGGACAAACUGGCCGAGUAUAUGGCGCCACAGGUUGUUCUUAUUGAGCAAGUACCUUUCCUGGUCAAUGGCAAAGUAGAUCGACAAGCGCUACUCAAAACCUACGAAACAGCCAAUAAUAACGAAGGUGAUUCCAGUAUAGUACUGGAUUUUGAUUAUUCGCUCGUACCCGCCGAGGUAAAACACAUUGCUCGGGAUCUGUUCGAGACUGUUGGUGGCGUAAUCGGUCGUUCGACACGCACAACUUUAACGCCGCAGAGCAAUUUUUACGAGCUGGGUGGAAACUCGUUGAAUUCCAUUUAUACAGUGACUUUAUUGAGGGAAAAGGGUUACAAUAUUGGCAUAUCUGAAUUUAUUGCGGCAAAAGAUUUGGGAGAAAUUUUAGAAAAAAUUAUAAAUAACCGCAGCUCUUCGCCAAUGGUUGAAGAUUGGACAAAUGCUGCACCACAUCUGGAUAUGAUCGCCGAGCCACUCAGUGAUGCACAUAGGCAAGACGUGGUUGAAAUCAUAGUUGAUAGUUUUUAUGGCAAGGCAGAUCUGGAACAAUGGCUGAAACUGGAUAUAUUCCCCAAUGACUACAGUGAUCUUAUAAAUGACAUCUGGAUUGCCUUGGUGGAGAAGAACCUCAGUUUAGUUGUGCGGGAUAAACGUACAAAUCGUAUUAUUGGUACGGCUCUAAAUUUUGAUGCACGCGCUGAACCCGAAGUUGAGGUUAAGUCCAAACUAAUUAUAGUAUUCGAGUUUUUGGAGUUUAUCGAAGGUCCCAUACGGGACAACCAACUCCCUAAAGGACUCAACAAGAUACUUCACUCAUUUAUGAUGGGCACCAGCUCCGACAUGAGUCCGCAAGAAAAUAUUGCCUGUAUGCAUUUUAUGGAAAACGAAGUGC